UGACUACCGCAUAGACACCUAAAAGCCUGAUCAUAUGUUACAGUGAUUAAAACAGAAGGUCCUUAGGGAAACAUGUUUGGGUUUUUUGUUUUUUGUUUUUUAAUUCUGAAACUUGGAAUAAUUUAAACGAAGAUGGCAAGAUGAUUGAGGAUUAAGUGGCCAACGUUUGCAAAAGGACCCGAUCUGCAAGAGCAACUUGGCAGAAGACUUUCGGGAUUUAUUAAUUUAAAUUUUAUUAUUUUCUUGGGAGAGAACAAGAAACAAACUGGAACAGAGGGGCUGAAAGUGCACCUGCGGGAACGCCUUGUUGUGUAAUAGUUUGGACCUGCCAUGAGGUGUUAAUGCCUUGUUCAAAAUUCUUAAGACCUAGACCUAAAUGGCGCAGCAUGACUUUGCUCCAGCCUGGCUUAAUUUUCCCACUCCACCUUCGUCAGCAAAGCCGUCUCUAAACUGUGAAAAGCAACCUGAACCAAAUGUGCUCCUGGACAACCACAGUGAUGUAAAUCAUAGACGACAUAAUUCUUCUGGUGGGUUAGAAUCUUCUAAUGGCCGUACUGGGGGAGGAAAUUUUGGAAGGAAGGAAAAGAAUGGUUGGCGAGGAAGAAAUGGUUCUGAAAGUGUGAAUUCUCGUGGUGGCUACCAUGGUGGAAACUCCCGCUCCAGGGCUGGUGUGUUUCACAGUGGAAAGAACCAGGUGCUACGUGAAAGUAACUCAACUAGGAAUGAAAAUGGGAAAAGGGAAGAAAGAGAUGCACGCAAGCAAUUUGAGGCUGAGGAUUUUCCAUCCCUUAAUCCUGAGUCUGAAAGAGAGCACAACCUGAGCAAAUCUGUUGCUGUUGGUGUAUGGGUAGAACAUCCACCAAAUCCAAAAUCAAGAACUUCCAAAAUGAUGGUUAUCAAAAAGGUCACUAAAGAAGAUCCAGCUUCUGGAUUUCCUGCUGCAGGACCUCCCCAUCACCAGACAACCAAGAACGGAACGGGUCUGAGUGUUUUUAAAGGGUUAGUCCCGAAACCUGCUGCCCCACCACUAAAGGGCAGCCGGUCAAGCUCUUCAUCACCUGUAGACAAGAUGACUCAGCCUCGUUUAAUGAAACUGACACGUGUACGAUCCGAUAAGAAGAGUGACUUUUUGAAGGCUUUAAAGCAGGACAAGGUGGAUGAAGAAGAUCAUGGUGAUAGAAAUCAAUUCAAGGAUGACGAAACACUAAACAUGCAUAACAGUAACAAUAGUCAUCGAUGUAGGGAUGAGAAUCUGAAUAAAUAUGAAAAUGAGAUCCCUCGAGUGAAUUGUAAUGCCCCAGUGAUCCGCUCCUCUACCUUCCCACUAGCUGAUGUUCUCUCAAGCUCUCUCGAAGCAGAGCAUAGGCUUCUAAAAGAGAUGGGGUGGCAGGAAGACAGUGAACAUGAUGAGACUUAUGCUCCUUUAACAGAGGAUGAGAUGAGGGAAUUCCAGGCCAUUAGUGAACAGCUGCAGAAAAAUGGCCUUAGAAAAAAUGGUCUUUCUUGUGACUAUAAAUUUGGCACAUGGAAAUACAGCACUUUUAAACCCACAGUUGACAAUGAUGAAGCAGAAACAAGCAGCAGUGAUACAUCAGAUGACGACGAAAUGUAAAAUAUGUCGGCAUUUUGUGGACUGCCUAAUUGUGGUGAUUUUUUUUUUUCACUAAUCUCUUGUGCGGUAAUCUGCAAAAAAAAAAAUACUUUUGAGAAAUUUGACGGACAUCUUUGUAAUAAAAGAAAGACAGAGUUCUCUAUUGGCCUGAAUUAAACAUUGCUUUUUUUGCUCUGUAAAUGGCCUUUGUAGUAAAAAAAAAAAAAAAAAAAAAAAAAAAAAAAAGUUUUUGUUAGAAUUACUUCUUCACUGCAAAUCAGAGGUUUACUGCAAUGUGAAAGAAUAUCUAACAUGGAAGGAGUCAAUAAAAAAAGAUUGCAAUUGAAGUUGUGUAUUAUUCUGUGUGUUUAAAGUUGUUAAAACAUGCAACUUUACACAAAAUGCUUUGCUUGCUGAUUUCAUACUCGUCAAUUGGGAAUUGUCAAGGCCAUUGUGUUUUGUGUAAGAACGGGCAGUGUAACAUGCUGGUGAACUGAACAAACGCACUCGAUUUCCAUUUUCUUUACCAUGAUAAAUACAUUAAAACAUAAGAAUUUUUUAGCAAUUAUUAGGUAUUUAAACCAGAGUUAGUUUAUCGUUACAUUUUAUUAUGUUUAGAAAGAAAAGGAAAGAAAUUCAAAAGCUUUAUCUGGGUAGUUGCAAACAGACUUGAUAUUCAGGGUGGACUAGACACAUUGAUCAAGUAGGUUUAGCUGUAAGUUUUGCAAAAAUAAUCACACUUCUGGAUCUGUCCUACAAGGAACAAUAAAACUGAAUUCACAGUAAAUGGUAUUUGUGUGCACAAAUAUAGUGUGUGGUACCAGUGAAUUAAGCUACUGGCAAAGUGAAUUGACAGGGAUGUGUUUUUGCUUCACUCCAGAUUUAAUUCUAAACCACUAGGUAGAACUAAAGUCCACAGUGGUGGUGCAUUUAAAAACACAAUUAAAGCAAUGCACUCAACCCCAUAGGUGAUCCAUUGUGUUUGUACAAAGUUAAUAUACCUCCCCAAGUUUUUUCAGGGGUAGUUUUUGCUGGAAUAUCUAGUAAGCAAGGCAAUAUAAUGAUCUAAAUCGGAAAACUAUAAGAAUCAUAAAGAACAAAUAAUUAGGCAUUAAACAGAUCAUAAUCAAGAAUUAGUAAAAGGAGGAUGAUAAUACACUUUUGCCCUACAAUAGUGGAACUGACCGUAGUGUGUUCCUGAUUCCAGCAUAGACGGCAGUAGUUGUCUGAAUUCUAUAGCAGGCAGAAAUCUCAAUUGUUACCUUAAUGAAGAAAGUGUAUUCUUUUAGAGAGAACAACUACACAGAGCUGCACAUACAGUAUCAAUACUUUUAAGUUUGGCAGAUAGUACCGUACAAGCAGCAAAGAAGGAUAAAGCAAGCAUUUAAGUGAAGCAAUUCAGUUAUAGAAGAUAUCGGCCCUUAUUCACAAAACAACUGUUUAAAACCCAUUUGUGUUAACUAAAUCAAGUUAUGUUUUCAAGACGGAUCAAAGUUUAUCCUAAAAACACUAUUUACACAACGUUUAUGUUCAAAGCACUAUUUACACAAAGAAAUGUUUGUAAACAGCCUUCAAAAACAGUUCAUAAAAAGCAUUAAUUUAAAGUUUUAU